UCCCGCCCCCGCCGGGAGUCCGACGUGGAAGUUGCUGGCGGACCGGGCUUCCAGGGAAACCGCCCCGGAGCCGGAGCCCGAGCCGGAGGCCGAGACUGGCGGAGGUGGCGGCGCGGAGGCGCAAAAAGAAGUUGUUGCCAAGUCCAGGGCGUGUCUCUGACGGUCGACGGGGGCAGACAUCAUGGGUGGUUUUUUCUCAAGUAUUUUUUCCAGUCUGUUUGGAACCCGGGAAAUGAGGAUUUUAAUUUUGGGAUUGGAUGGAGCAGGAAAAACUACAAUUUUGUACAGAUUACAGGUUGGCGAAGUCGUUACCACUAUUCCUACUAUUGGAUUUAAUGUUGAAACAGUAACAUACAAAAACCUUAAAUUCCAAGUCUGGGAUUUAGGAGGACAGACAAGUAUCAGGCCAUACUGGAGAUGUUAUUAUUCCAAUACAGAUGCAGUCAUUUAUGUAGUUGACAGUUGUGACCGAGACCGAAUUGGCAUUUCCAAAUCAGAGUUGGUUGCCAUGUUGGAGGAAGAAGAACUAAGAAAAGCUAUAUUGGUGGUGUUUGCAAAUAAGCAGGACAUGGAACAAGCCAUGACUCCCUCGGAGAUGGCAAAUUCACUUGGGUUACCUGCUUUGAAGGACCGAAAAUGGCAGAUAUUCAAAACUUCAGCAACCAAAGGCACUGGGCUGGAUGAGGCAAUGGAAUGGUUAGUUGAAACAUUAAAGAGCAGACAGUAAAGUCAGCCACUUCUCUGGAAAGAGGAACAUCGCGUAUCCCUUUGGAGUCACUUGUGCUCUACACUACUAAAUACUGACUGCACCAUUUGUAAUAAAUAUAAGAGUAUUUAGUUGGAGGGUUAACUCAUUGUGAUUGAACCAGCUGAAUAUCUUUUCUGUGUAAUAUAAAUAUCCCUGCCUUGCUUUCUUGUGUUAAGGUUAUAUAUUCUAUUUGUAUGGAAUUCAUAUUCAAAUGCAGUCCUAUUAAAGAUGUGCUCUUAUUGAGGUUAAAAAAAAAACUUCCUAUUUUUUAAUUAGUGAUUGUAGCUUGUUUGUAUUAACACUAAUAAAUUUUUUAACUCAGAUUUCCCUCCUUCCCCAAAAUGAAUUUUUUCCAAAGAUCAGACUUAAUAGAUAGAGUAGGGUAGGAAUAUAGUGCGGGUAAUUUGGUCUUCAUUUGCUUAAUGACCAUUUUAUUUAAGUUGUUUCAUUUAAAAGCAUUUGGUUAUGGGCAUGAAGCUUGUAGUUAGCUGCACUCUUACCUGUAAUUGUCAUUUUAUAAGUGCUUUAUAGUUGUCACAGAAAGAUUUUA